AAAUACCAGAAUAUUAAAGAUACUAUAGCAUGUAUUGGAGAGGAACCUUUACAGAAUGAAUAUGAAUUUUUUUAUAAAUUUUUAAAAUCUGAUCUAAGUGUUGAAGCAUCUAUUAUGAAAAAUAUGAUUGAAGAAUUUAAAACUCUUGUUAAAGAGCAAACUACAGCUAUCAUUGAAGCAAUUGAUCAUCAACAUGUUCAUACUAUGGAAAUUCAGCAAAGAUAA